UUUCCGCUGCUCUGUAAACAUUCAGUGUUGGCAGCAGUGGCUCGUAGAUUCUCAAUUUGUCUUAAAGACACUGAAAUAACGCUUUAUAAGGUGAAGCAUGCUGACUGUUGGCAGAGCUGCAAGACAUCCUCUCACAUAUCCUCUCACAUAUGUUAGGAGUAUCUCAAAGUCUGCCAUGUUCUCAGGCUACCAGCAGGCUAAUGUCAUCAUCCUGCCCAAUCAUCUGGCCAAUGACUUCGAAGCCUUCUGUCGCCAUAAUCCCGCCCCCUUGCCACUCCUUUAUCGCAGCCAAUCACAAGAGACUUCCUGCCUGCCUCUGGCUAGACACACUGACAUAAGGACAGAUAUUUCUCAGUACUGUGUGUAUGAGAAGGGUCAACUGGUGAAAACAGUGUCCAGUCUGCAGAGUUACACCAAUCAACCGAGGAUCACAUCAGAGCAGCAGGCGGUGCAUCGCAGCCAUCAGUGGUCAGACAUGGUGUGUUUCUAUCUGGGCUGCAGUUUUGGCUUUGAGGGCAGACUGAAGGCAGCUGGAGUCCCUGUCAGGAACGUGGAGCAGGGCAGUAACGUCAGCAUGUACAGGACUGCAGUUCCCUGUGUUCCUGCAGGAGCGUUCAGCUGCCCUCUAGUGGUCACUAUGCGUCCUGUUCCAGCUGCUAUGCUGAAUGCAGCGGUGGAGGUAACUUAUCUCAUUCCACAAGCACAUGGGGCUCCUGUACACAUAGGAGACCCAGCUUUCCUAGGCAUACAGGACCUGUCCAGACCAGACUAUGGGGACCCAGUAGAGCUGCAGCCUGGUGAUGUCACUGUCUUCUGGGCCUGUGGAGUGACUGCUAUAGAGGCAAUACUCUGCAAUAAGCCUUCUUUAGCUUUCAGUCACUCACCAGGAUGUAUGUUCCUGACCGACAUCCCAGACUCCUCAGACCUGCCAUACACCAGACCUAGUCCUGAGCUGACCCCCCUCUGCUUCCUGGUAUCCCACAAUCCCUUGUUGUACAGCCUGGCGUCUCAGAGGGCAGUGGCUAGGAUCAGACAGUUGGAGACGAUUAUUGGAGAGGACCCAGGUCAACGAGGGAUCAAAGCUUUAGCCGUCCAGGAUGAACUUCUUCACUCCUGUCUGGCACUCUCCCACUCCUCCUCUGUUGCCAUAACAACUGGCUUCCCCACGCACUACAUGCACAGCCCUCCAGAUGAAACAGACGGCCCACCGGGGGCCAUUGCCAUAGCGACGAUGUUGUUGUCUCUAGGGAAACAGGUGACUAUGGUGACGGACAGGAGAGCCCUGGAGAUGAACCAGGCCAUUAUUGAUGAAGCUGUGAAAACAGGUGUUCUGAAAACUGCAAUCCCAUUGGUCACCUUUGACGACAGUGGCCCAGAUGCCCCACUGCACUUCUUGUGUCACGAUGGAGACCCCAGCAAGCCCAGAUAUAACCACCUUGUGGCGAUAGAGCGCACUGGAAGGGCUGCAGAUGGAAAUUACUACAACAUGAGAGGAAUAAACAUCAAACAUCUGGUGGAUCCAAUCGAUAACCUGUUCCUAGCUGCGAAGGACAUACCUGGAAUUCUCACUACAGGAGUCGGUGAUGGUGGUAAUGAGUUGGGGAUGGGUAAAGUGAAGGAGAAGGUGAAGAGCCUGAUGCCCAAUGGGAGUCUCAUAGCCUGUGACAUUCCUGCUGACUACGCCAUCACUGCUGGGGUGUCUAACUGGGGAGGAUAUGCUGUGGCCUGUGGGCUGUACCUGCUCCACACCUGCCCUUCACACCAGCGAUACCUAAAGAAAGGCCUGGGAGUGGAACACACAGCCCCCCAAGAAAAGCUGCAGGACUGGACUGCUAACCUGCCAUCUGUGGACAAGGAGGAGUCCUUUCUUUCCACUCUGGUGCGUUUUGGGAUAAGAAGUGGGAAAACCGGUCACCUGGCCAUGGAGGUGGAUGGUUUGACCUUUCACCCCACACACUCUGACAUAAUCACCAGACUGCUGAAGGUCACACUAGGCUCCACCUCCCUGAACGCUUGAUGAGUUCCUCCUGUGUGUUCUCAACAAGUGAAUUAUCUCUGUGUAUUUUGAGUAUUGGCAUAACCUCAACACUAAUCACUUAGAAGACUGAAACCAUUGAGAGGUGAUUGCUCAUUUGGGUCACAACUUUCAGAAUGUGGCACCAGACAGAGACACACACACACACACACAUACAAUCAGGGUGUCAGUGGGUGAAAUUCUGUUUCCUCUCUAUUCAGACUGCAGAAAGGAUGUGAAAAAGGGAGCUGCGUGUGUGUGUGGUUUUAGAUGCUGCCUUGGUUACCUUUCAGCCCUCUCCCUUCACUAACAGUGGCACAGCAAAGUAGACUCCAGUGAAACAGGCUCUCUUUCCUCUCCUCCUCUCUCCCUGUCUCUCUGAGGCUCUUUGCUGCCUCAGCAAUGAAUAAAUCAGAGCUCUGAUUCUAUUUUCAUGCCUUAAAAACCAGAAAAGUUUAAAAAUACUCUCUGUAAAUUCUUGCCAUGCAUCACUGCAGCGUUGCCGACAGAUAGCGAGCAGCAGUUGAUGUACGAACAAAGGUGAUGAUAAUAAUCUUUUGCACAGAUUUUGUUACAACACUCAACACAAUGCUGAUUGUAUUAUCCAUUAGUGCAGUGACACCCUGAGACUCUCAGACAUGAAUAGAUGCUGGUAUAACGUGGUUAUAAUAUACCCCCUCCCAGUAUUUCAAAACAGAACAAACUAUGAAGCAGUGAAAGGCUAAAUUAUGUUCAACCAAACAGUUUGUCCAGGAGGCUUCCUCAGACACAGGAGCAUCACUCCCAGUGAGGAUGGCAGAGUUAUUCUUUUCUAGGGAGCAUCACAGCUAAAAAGGUAUAGAAUUAUAAAUGUGAUAUAUAUUAGAAAUUAUAAAUCUGACAAAGGACUAUGCAUGCAAACACGUGUUUUGAAAAUACUGGGAAUCUGACUUUAUAAAAUGAUUGUGUUCAGACAUUCAAUAAUUGUUGAUCAUUGUGGUAAAGUGUUUAAGAAGUUGAAGCUUUGAUUUAAAUUUUGUUUUACAGAUUCAUGUCUUCUAAUUUAAAUAAAAUAUGUAA